AUGUACGCUAUAGAACGAGCUGUAGGAAUCGAGGCCAUCAUCAAAGCAAGCAGACUAUGUCAGAGUGUGUUUAAGCAACUAGUUAAAGGUGAAACAGUCACUAAAGCCGACAACUCGCCUGUUACCAUUGCUGAUUUUGGAGCUCAGGCAGUAGUAAACGCCAUCCUACAAAAGUCCUUUUCAUACCCAAUUGUUGGAGAAGAAGAUGCAGCCGAUUUGCGAUUGGAUGCCACGUUGCAUGCCAAAGUCACCGAACUAGCAAACUCGGUCCUGGAUGUACCAUUGACGUCUGAACAGGUGCUGACGACCAUUGACGCUGGGACUUUUGCCGGUGGAAAAAAAGGACGAUUCUGGACUUUGGAUCCUAUUGAUGGAACCAAGGGAUUCUUACGUGGAGAACAGUUUGCAGUCUGUCUUGCACUCAUUGAAGAUGGAGAUGUCAAGGUUGGGGUCAUGGGAUGUCCAAAUCUACCACGCAACAUAAAUAAUCCAAAUGAUCCAGACCGUGGUACCAUCUUUGUAGCUGUAAAGGGUGAAGGUGCCUUCCAAAGAUCAUUUGAUUCCAACGUCGAAACAAGAAUACACGUAGCAGACAUCUCAUCACCAGCACAAGCAUCAUUCUGUGAAUCAGUUGAGGCAGCUCAUUCAUCGCAAAGUGACACAGCUGUCAUUGCUCAACGAUUGGGAAUCACAAAGGCUCCUGUUCGGAUGGACUCUCAAUGCAAAUAUGGUUGUUUGGCUAGAGGUGAUGCUAGUAUUUAUUUACGAGUCCCUACUCGUGCUGACUAUGAAGAAAAAAUAUGGGAUCAUGCUGGUGGUGCGCUCAUUGUUGUGGAAGCCGGUGGACAAAUAUCUGAUGUGACUGGUGCUCCAUUGGACUUUUCAUUGGGUCGAACACUGAAGGCAAAUAAGGGAGUUGUUGCUGCCAAUUCUACAAUCUUCCCUGAAGUAAUAGCUGCUGUUAAACAAGUACUCAACAAGUUGUCAUCAUCGGAUCAUAUAGUCUCCACAUUUGCAUUCACGACUGGUACCAUCGUUGGCAUCAUCUUUGUCCCAAGGGUACUUGCACUCCUGUCGCCUGCAGCGUCGAAUCUGAAAUUUACUUCAGCCACUGGUGCUAUUUGA